AUAGCCGCUGCUGCCAGCAACAAUAGACCCUGUCAGCGCCGCCACCUCUGUGGUAGUAAUCAUUGAACCCGUGGUCAAGUCUUGCGAACCCAAAAUCAUUCAAUCGUGUCAGACGAGGCUGUGAACAAAAUCGAGGAGGAAAAGGGCCUGUCUCCUGCGCAGCACAUGGCCAAGCAUGCGGGCCAAGGAUUACAACCAACAUCAACCGGAGCCCAUAGCACCCUGUUGGUACUCAAAGCUGCUUAGCGUAGCGCAGGGAAGGCAAAGUUCCCUGCUAUGGAUGGUGUUUUUUGGUCCAUACGACGCCGCGGACGGGAUCAUGGACGACCGCAGCUCCAACUGCCCACAUCGCCCUGGCGAUUCUCCACAUGGCUCAGAAGCUCAACGUGGGUGGUCAUCACUGAGCGUGAUAACUCGUCCAUGUCAGAUCCAUGACUGCAUUCCGAUCUCGGAAAUCAGACAAUGGGCCUUGGCCAUUAGCAAGGAAACAGCGGGCCAGUCGUGCAUAGAACUUGGAAGUGAACUUCCGGUCAAUGCAAUGGUACCACGACCCCCAGAAGGUGUCGACGCAGAUGUUGUGGAAGACAACAUGACCAAAUUACAGCAAUCGAAGCCCGAAGAUGCCACGGCUCUACCGGAAUGUCUGGUAUUGAAGAAAGGAGAGUUUGAGAGCGACGCACCAUAAAUUGAUUUGUUUUGUAACCGGCAAUGCUUGUAUUCCUUUGGCCAUUGCGGUUGGGAAAUGCCCUUGCCUCAGGAAAAGAGCCGAGAAGGAAGGGUUUAGUCUCUUAAGCAGCUAGCUCGCCGUUAGUAACAUACACGGG